GAGAGCACAGCAGCAAUCGCCGCAACGCGGCGAUCCAGCUGCCGCCGACCAAAAACCGGUUUCGCGCCACGCGCGCACCCCUUCGCGACUGCGUCGCCACUUCCAACCACUUCCUAUGCAGCAGUACUAAGCCAACAAGCUCGUCUCUAAGGGCUCCGCGCUCUCAGCGGCCGCUGGCGGCGCCGCGGCGGCCCCAGGAUGAGCGCCGCGACGUGCGCCAUGUGUGGCGCGCCGGAUCCGCCAGAGCGUUGCCCCGGCUGCGGGGGCCCGCGCUACUGCGACGACGCCUGUAGGCGGGCGGACUGGGGCCAGGGCCAUGCCAGGCUGUGCGCUCUACGGUACUGCCAGCGCCUGGCGGCCGACGGCCAGGAACCCAAAUUCUUCCUGCCGCCGGAGGCGGGCCCCCUGAAGCCGGUGUCGCUGCUGACCGUGCGGACGGAGGCCGCGCUGCCCCUCAGGGUUGACGAGGCGGACAGCUUCAUCCGGUCGCGGCCGCCGGGCUACUGGCAGCUGGCCGCGAACCGCGGGCUGAACCUCUACGACGGCCUGCGGUUCGUCGUCUCGGUGCGGCACGGUGACGCCGCGGACCGCGAGCCCGACUUCCUCGUGGAGGGCACCUCUUCCAACUUGCUCCUGUUGGUGCACGAGGUCGCGCCGGGUGUGAGAAGGUGCCUCGAGGACGGCGAGGGCGACGACGACAUUUCCAGAAGGCGGCGGUCCUUCGCGCGGGCCCUCGAGGCCGUCAGCUCCUUCGGCGGGGAAGCGGAGAUGGUGCUGGUCGUGCGCUACGAGGGCAGCGGGGGCCGGGUGCAAGCUAAGCGCGUGCCGCUCCCCUGCGCGGCGAACACGGCCUCGACGUCCAAGCCCUGGUGGCGCGCGGCCCUCGCCAAGGACGUGUUGCAGGACUUGUAUGCGCAGAAGAAGGCGGCGAACGAGGCGUUCGUGCGGGGGCGCCAGAGCGGCGAGCUCGCGGACGCCCUGCGCGGCUACGACAACAUAAUCGCGACCAUCGAGACGGCCUGCGCGCGGCCGCCGCGGGAGGCCGUCGGGCCCUGCGCCGCGACGCAGCAGCUCCUGGCCACGUGUCUGGCCAAUCGAGCGGCGUGCCGCGCGCGGCUGGGGGACGUCGAGAAUCUGCAGCGGGCCGAGGACGACUGCCGGGAGGCGCUGGAGGGCCCCUUCACGGCCUGGCUGCGGCAGAAACUCGACCCCGUCGCGGCGAAGCUCGCCGAGAAGGUAAACUUGCGGCGGCGCGAGGCGAACGAGAAGCUCUACGAGGCCCUCGGCUGCGGGGGCCUGCCGCCCGGUCCCCCGGCGCCGCCGGCUUCAGAGAAGUCGCCGCCGGCAUGAAUGUUUGACAAGAAGACAAAACGACAAAAAACGAUAAAAAACGAAAAAGACAGCUAACGCUACGUAAACGCGCGCGGGCGAGGCGCAGGCGCCGCGCGUCCAGAAAAACUCGAAAAAGGGCCGAUCGGUCCACGAAAACCCCAGAAAAAACACCGUGUAGUAGGAUGUGUUUCCCUA